AUUUAAACCAAUCUUAGCAAGCUUUUCUUCUUCUCCUCAACCAUCAGUCUCUUUUCUUCUGCGCUCCAAAUCCUUCCUCAAAUCCUCAAAUUCUUGUACCAGCUCCUGUUUAUAGUGGGAAUUCGGAAGUGAAGAGCUAACAAAAUUUGAAGAUUUUGAGGCGCAAAUUGGAAGAGUUGGGUAUUGAAAUGGAUACGGUUACUCCUGGAAAACUUAAUCACUUUCUAUGUCCAAUGAUUUGUGUUAGAAAGGUGCAAAAUAAGGUCAUUGUAGCCAUAAGCGUUGCCUUAUCCAAUAGGAGUUGCAAUAGGCCCAUCCCUUCCAAACACUUCCUCUCAAACAAGAAUUGCUGGGCACCAAUAUUAACCAGGAGAAGACUGGAGCCUAUUGGGUCUCGCUUUCUCUCUUGCUAUCGCAACUCCAGGCUCCUAAUUCUACAAUCAGUUUGGUUGAUCUUUGAAGCUAACAGAACAGGAUUAGAAAAGCAUAAAGUGAGGAUCUUGAAGCAGAAAAUGGAACUUCUUGGGAUUAACUGCAAUGAUUCUUGCAUACCUGGAAAUUACAGUAACUUGCUUUGUCCCAAGUGCAAAGGUGGCAGAUCAAUAGAGAGGAGUUUAUCUGUACAUAUUGUCGAAGAUGCUUUGCAAUGGGAUUUCUAUAGGGAUUUUGCAAUGUGGCGGUGUUACCGUACUUGCUGUGGAUGGGCAGGACAGGCUUUUGCAGAUGGUAGAGUGACAAUUGAAGGAAUGAACAUAAUUUUCAAAGUCAGUUCCCCUAGGCAAAUAACAGCUGAGGGCAUAAUACUAGAACCAAUAGGUGAGAAGCUAAUUGCAUAUUUUGGUGAUAGAAUGAUAUCUGAAGAAACCCUCAGGAGAAAUUCUGUUAUGCAGAUGGCUGGCAAUCAGGGUAUUAUUGCGUUUACUUAUAGACGAAAUGGAGUGCUUAUUGGUUGCAAGUAUCGAACCAUGGAGAAAAAUUUUUGGCAGGAUAAGGGCACUGAAAAAUGGUUAUACGGGCUGGAUGACAUAAAUGAAGCGACUGAAAUUGUUAUCUUGUUAUUUAAUGCUUUGGUGCUGUUGAAGGUUGAAGGUGAAAUUGAUAAGCUUUCAGUGGAGGAAGCUGGCUUCCGUAAUUGUGUUAGUGUUCCUGGAGGUGCCCCACAAAUUGUUUCUACUAAAGAUUUACCAUCAUGGGAAAAGGACAAAGCAUAUCAGUAUCUAUGGAAUUGCAAAGAGUACUUGGAUAAGGUGUCUCGCAUUAUCCUGGCAACUGAUGGCGAUGUGUGUGGGCAAGCCUUGGCUGAAGAGUUAGCACGCCGGCUGGGAAAAGAAAGAUGUUGGCUUGUACAAUGGCCGAAGAAAGAUCACUCAUCUUGCUUCAAAGAUGCAAAUGAGGUUCUCAAGUGUUUAGGACCAAAUGCUCUGAGGGAAGUAAUUGAAACAGCAGAAUUAUAUCAAGUAUGCACUAUCAAUCAGCUGAUUUAAGGUAUGUGAUUUUAACAGAACACGUUCAGGUAGAAAAUAGGGGUUCUUUAUGCUAUGAGUCAGUUAAAUUUUAUAGAAAAUUUUGAACAAUGGCCAUUGGUAGGGACUAUGAAACCCUUGUGUGUCCCAUUAUGAUUUUAAGUAGGGAUUUUAUCAUACUUAUUUGUAACGAAAAAGAAUAGUAUUAAUUUGUUGUAAUUUAUUCAAUUUUGGACA